AUGGCCAGUCUAACCAGCAUUUUGGAAGCCUCGCUAUCUCAUUUCGAUCUUGUCUUGCCGGUGAAGUAUACCGCCGUGGCCUCGCUCACCUGGGUGGCACUUGAUGUAAUCGAAACAUUUUCUUCCGAGGUCGCCUACAUGUGGCCGUCUCGCCUUAGCCCGAUCAAAGUUCUAUUUUUCGUCAAUCGUUACAUGCCGUUCCUUGACAUGUCGCUCGCCACGGUUGUGGCAUUGGGCGCAAAGAAUCCUCGGGUAUGCGCAGCAUUAUGGCCGACGGUGGUAGCUCUCUAUUGGUUUGGGUCACUCAUCAGCGAAAUUAUCCUCAUCGUACGCACCGCCGCUGUAUGGGGAUACAAUCGAGCCGUCGUCGCAAUUUUGGUCCUGAAUUGUAUCGGCCUCGUCGUUCCUUCAUUUGUGAUGAUCCCGACAUAUCUGAUCAGGAUGACAUAUCCUCCGGCCGAGCUGCUCGAGAUCACCGCUUGCGUGCCCAGCGUCACAGACUACGACUGCUGGGUGUUCUAUGCUGGCAUCAUCGUCUCCGAAACGACUAUGAUCGUCCUAAUACUACUCAAGCAGUAUAUGUCGGCCUCAGAACGCAGGAUCUCGCUGCUUCUUCGCACCACUUUUCGGGAUGGUGUUGGCCUGUACACGGUCAUGCUCAGCGUUUCGGCCGCCAACAUGCUCUUCAUGACAGUAGCACCGGUGGAAAUGUCGUCCGCAUUCCAGCUGCCGCACAGAGCGCUGCACACCACGCUGUGCUCACGCGUCCUGCUCAACCUACGCGAAGCCGGCGCGAACGCUUCUGGCUGUUUCAGCCACGACGACUACACCAAGCACAGUCGCAUGGUUUUCGCCACUGCCGGGGCCAUCGGCACUGAUAUGAGCGACAUUCCCCUCACAACGUUAACGCAACGCUCCUACGAUGUUCAUACUUUCGACAGUGAACCGUGA